AAUAAUUAACAAGGUCAUGGUUUGAAUUGGAGAGAUUGGCAUCAUUGAUUAGAGUGGAGGAGUGAAGUGCAUGUGCUCGAUACAUCCCAUAGAUGUGUAUAAAGAGGGCUUAAUAUCUUUUGUUGAACUUGGUUUCUCUACUGUGGGAUUUGGAGAAUGAAGAGAAUGGAGGUACCAUGGAAUACUUUAUGCAACAUAUUAUAGUUGUCUAUUGAGAGAGCAUAAUAUUGUAGUUGAGGUUCUGUCUGGUAAUGUUCUUAUUUUUGUUUCUAAGUGAGGUCUGAGGUGAAAAUGUGUGAAUGAUAAGAACAGGAUUGGUGCAGAAGGAUGAUGAAUAGGAGGAAAGGAGAACAAAUGAAUGUAUAUGGAAGUCAUAGAAUAAAAAUAAAAAUUAAUUGAAGGAUUAUCAUUAGUUAUGACAGAAGAAAAAUAUUAGAGAAUGGAGAAAAUCUGCUGAACCUUUCCCAGCUCAUCCAGUUUGGAAUCACCCAUACUCGACGAAACUGACUGCUCAGGCUAGUUCUCAGUGGAGCUUUUAAGUUUUAAAGAUGUUGCCUAAUGUUGCGUCUUCCAAACAUAGUAGCAGUUUAUCGGGUUUGGCCUCCGCACCCCCACAACUGCUGCCAUAGCUGAUGGGCAGUGCCCAUUCGCUUGUGGACUAACCCGCUUUAUUUUCAUGAUAUAUAAUGAGCAUAAAUCAAUGGGCAAUAAACGGAAAAACCCAAACUCUUUUGCAAGGCUCUUGGAAAGAACAUGAAGAGCGAGGAUGACAUGAGGGAAUCCGAACUUAUUUUCUCUUUCCCUCUUGUUAAAGGCAACCCCACUAGUUGUUUUAUCGUCCUUUUGUCAAAAGGUAACGUGAGCGAUUGACAUAGGUUCGAGCCUGCUUGCAACAACAAAACAAAUGCGGUGGGCCCCAGCUGACUUGGAUCGCAUUGAUUGACUGGUAAAGUCUGAAGACUGGAGUCUCCUCCUGCUAAAGUCUUUCACGAUCUAGAUCCAUCCUCACCCAUCUCUUUCUGCUAGUCUCUCUCUAAUCUCACUAAAUCUACAUCUUGUUAUAUUUUCUGUUCAAGUACUGCUGCUACGUGAUUCCCAUAUUUGAAGAGUGACGACUGAACCUCAACUUCAAAUUGACCCCAAACUCAGGACAGUAGGUUCAAUUGGAAAUGAGCACAGAGAGUUCUUCACCUCCUCGGUGGAAAUAUGAUGUCUUUGAGUUUUAGAGGCGAGGAGCCGAGGAUACUCGAAAGACUUUUACAGACCAUCUAUACACUGCAUUGUAUCAUCAUGGAAUCACAACUUUCAGGGAUGAUCCUGAACUUCACAAAGGGGAAGCUAUUUCUCCGGCACGUUUUGCUGCAAUUGAAGAAUCAAGAUUUGCUCUCAUUGUUCUCUCACAAAAUUAUGCAUCGGCAACAUGGUGCUUGGAUGAACUUGUAAGAAUUCUUGAAUGCAUGAAAGCAAGAGGACCUGUGCUGCCAAUUUUCUAUGAUGUUGAUCCCUCUGAUGUACGAAAGCAAACAGGGAGUUUUGGAGAAGCCUUUGCUAAUCAUGAAGAAAGGUUUAGGGAUGACAAAGAGAAAGUGCAAAGCUGGAGAUAUGCUUUAACUGAAGUGGCAACUUUCUCUGGGUGGAAUUCAAAGGAAUGGUAUGAAUCAAAGCUCAUUAGAGAUAUUGUUGAAGUAAUAUGGAAAAAACUGCAACCUACAUCAUUCAGUUUUGCAGAAAAUCUAGUUGGAAUUUACUCCAGAUUGCAGCCACUCAAUUUGCUUUUAGGUGUAGGGGUGGAUGACGUCCGUUUCACUGGGAUAUGGGGAAUGGGCAGGAUUGGUAAGACAACUAUGGUAAGAGUGGUGUAUGAGAGAAUCUCUCGUGAAUUUGAAUUUAGUUUCCUUCUUACCGAUGUUAGAAGCUCCGUGGGAAAAAGUGGUCUACUUAAACUACAAAAGCAACUUCUCUCUGGAAUUUGGACAAAAAAGGCUGACAUAUCAGACAUUCAUGAAGGAGCCACCAUAAUAAGGAGGUUGUUAGGCCACAAAAGAGUUGUUCUCAUUCUCGAUGAUGUGAACCGCUCUAUCCAUUUGAAAUAUUUGGCAGGAAACCAAGAGUGGUUUGGUUCAGGGAGUAGAGUUCUCAUCACAACUAGAAAUGAGCAUUUGUUGAUCGAACAUGGAGUGGAGAGAAGAUUGAAGGUCGAGGAAUUUAAUAAUGAUGAUUCUCUUCAGCUUUUCAGCUAGAAAGCAUUCAAAAAAGAUUACCCUGAAGAAC